AAGUUUUAGUAGGAAGCGAAGUACAUGUAAGCCAUGUAGGAUUAUUCCGGAAUUUAGACGACCUACUCCGAUUCUUAAACUAUAUACUGUAGUAAAUUUAACUUCAACACAAGAGAGUUUAACGAAGAAACUGCGAUUUUUAAAAAUAUUUUUAAAUUUGCUUGUAUCUUUCCAAUAUACUCAAAAUAUUAUUUAUUUGUAAUGAUUGAGUUUGAAUUAGCAAGAUUCAUUAUUCCUCAAUGUCAAAGAAUGGCUGAAUUAAAAAUACAGGGUUAAUCGGCAGCAACUCUUAGAACAAAUUCGGAUUGAAUUGAGUAUAAUGGCAAGUUACAUUGAACCAGAUGAGGACCCAUCUCUUCAUAGACUGGAAGGAUCCGAUGGCCAGAAGGGUGGUUUAAUCAUCAUGAAAAAGAAAGCAUGUGGUGAUGAUGCACACACUUUUAAAAAGCCAGCGUUACCGAAAGUUUCUUUGCUCGGUUUAGACAGACUAGCCAAGGAGAAGCGCAAAGCGCUGGAAGAGGAAGACAUUGGGAAAAAAAGGUCUAAAGUUUCAUCAUACAAAGACGAGGUUGAUGAUGAUAAUGAAAGUGAUGAUGAUGAUGAUGAUGAUGAAGCAGAUGAAAAUCAAGAUAAAAGUAAAACAGAUAAAACAAAAAGGAAUUACAGACAGACUCGAGUUGACACACCAUCACAUCCAGGUGGUGUUAGUCGAGAGGCUCGCGAGAGACAAGAAGAGAAAAGACAGCGGGAUAGAGACAGGGGAAUGCAUGCCUCCUCCAAAGAUCGGCACCGAGGGGAGCGGAGGGAAAGAGACAGGAAAAGCUCGCGAGAUCGAGACAGACACCGUGACGACAGAGAAAGGAGACGUGACAAAGACCGUCGCCAUGGUGACCGAAGCAGCAGAAGUCAUCGUAGCGAGAGAAGCGACAGAAGUUCCCGAGAGUGGGAUGAGACACCGAAGCGGUUCAGAGACAGCCCUGCCACUCCAGAUAUCCGAGUCAAAGACACACCUUCUCACGCUAGCUGGGAAGAUGAUGAUGAUUCCACCCCACUGAAACGAUCCAGCUGGGAUCUUCCAACUCCGUCCAGUCGUGACUCAGACGACAGGAGUGAACGGGGAUUUUCUUCCUUUCGUCAUCAUAGUAAAGACCACAGGAAAAGGUCAGAUGACACACCAUUACCCACACCCUCAUACAAGUAUAAUCCCUGGAUGAAAGACAGAAAGAAAAUAUCAUACACACCUCGAACUGAUGGCAAAGGUAAAGUGGACCUUGAGAAGAUGACGGAGGAGCAGCGCGAGGACUGGGAGACGGAGCAGAAGCGACUGGAUCGGGAGUGGUAUGGAAUGGAUGAAGGCUACGAUGACGAACACAACCCAUUCUCUGGAAUGUCCUCCGAAUAUACCAAACGAAAGGAGGAGGAGGUCGAGAAGAAAAAGAAAAAGAAGAUGACCGCUAGGCAGGCCCAGCAUCAGAGGGACAAUGAACUUUGGGAAACCAACAGAAUGAUGAGGAGUGGAGUGGUGGUCAGAACAAAUUUUGAUGAGGAUUUCGAAGAGGACAACGAGGCCCGGGUUCACUUGUUGGUUCACAACAUUGUCCCACCAUUUCUGGAUGGCAGGAUCACAUUUACCAAGCAGCCUGAGCCUGUCAUCCCCGUCAAGGACCCUACCGCAGACAUGGCCCAGGUGGCCAGAAAAGGCUGCGCUGUAGUCCGCAUUCACCGGGACCAGAAAGAGAAACGGAAGGCCCAGAAAAAGGAGUGGGAACUGGCAGGGACAAAAAUUGGUGAAAUCAUGGGGGUCAAGAAAGAAGAAGAAAAGAAAGAAAAGACUUUGGAGAAUGGUGACUUGGAUUACAAAGCAGACCACAAGUUUGCAGAUCUUCUCAAAGACAAAAAUGAGGCAGUCAGUGAAUUUGCCAAGAGGAAAAGUAUUGGAGACCAGAGAAAAUACUUACCUAUUUAUGCAGUCAGAAAUGAGCUUCUGAAUGUCAUCAGAGACAACAAUGUGAUUGUCAUUGUGGGAGAAACUGGAUCAGGGAAGACAACUCAGCUCACUCAGUAUUUACAUGAAGAUGGCUAUACAAAGUACGGAAUGGUGGGUUGUACACAGCCCAGACGAGUGGCAGCCAUGUCUGUUGCUAAGCGAGUCUCCGAGGAGAUGGGGGUGGAGCUAGGACAGGAUGUGGGAUAUGCAAUUCGUUUUGAGGACUGUACUUCCGAGAACACGGUGAUUAAAUACAUGACAGAUGGUAUUCUGCUGAGAGAAUCCUUACGUGAGUCGGACUUGGACAAUUACAGUGCAGUCAUCAUGGACGAAGCCCACGAACGGUCACUCAAUACAGACGUCUUGUUCGGACUCCUUAGAGAUGUUGUUGCCAGACGUCAUGACUUGAAGUUGAUUGUGACAUCAGCCACAAUGAAUGCUGAUAAAUUUGCCAACUUCUUUGGCAAUGUGCCAACAUACACCAUUCCUGGCAGGACUUUUCCUGUGGAGAUUUUUUUCAGUAAGAAUGUCGUGGAAGACUAUGUGGACUCAGCGGUCAAGCAGUCCAUGCAGAUCCACCUGACAGGGAUGAAAGGAGACAUAUUAGUUUUUAUGCCAGGACAGGAGGACAUCGAAGUGACGUGUGAACUGUUAACAGAGAGACUGGGAGAACUAGACGAGGCCCCUCCCUUAGCUGUCCUCCCUAUCUACUCACAGUUACCCAGUGAUCUCCAGGCCAAGAUCUUUGAGAAAGCCCCAGAUGGAGUUAGAAAGUGUAUUGUGGCUACAAACAUUGCAGAAACUUCACUUACAGUGGAUGGUAUCAUGUUCGUGGUGGAUGCUGGCUACUGUAAACUCAAGGUGUUUAAUCCUAAAAUUGGUAUGGACGCCCUGCAGAUCUUUCCCAUCAGUCAGGCUAAUGCCAAUCAGCGUUCUGGGCGGGCAGGCAGGACCGGGCCGGGACACUGCUAUCGCCUGUACACACAGAGGCAGUAUAAGGAUGAACUACUGACCAACACCGUCCCAGAAAUACAGAGGACAAACCUCUCUAACGUUGUCUUGCUGCUGAAAUCGCUGGGUGUUCAGGAUCUAUUACAAUUUCAUUUCAUGGACCCCCCUCCUCAGGAUAAUAUUCUGAACUCCAUGUACCAACUGUGGAUAACUGGUGCCCUGGACAAUACUGGUUCCCUGACCCCAAUGGGCAGACAAAUGGUGGAGUUUCCCCUGGACCCCUCCCUGUCCAAAAUGUUGAUUGUGUCUCUGGACAUGCACUGUAGUGCAGAAAUUCUGAUCAUUGUGUCCAUGUUGUCGGUGCCUGCCAUUUUCUAUCGACCUAAAGGCCGUGAGGAGGAUUCAGAUAAUGCUCGUGAAAAGUUCCAGGUCCCCGAGAGCGACCACUUGACCUUUUUAAAUGUUUACCAGCAGUGGAAAAGAAAUGGGUACUCAGCCACCUGGUGUGGUGAACAUUUCAUCCACAUUAAAGCCAUGAGAAAAGUACGCGAAGUCAGACAACAACUAAAAGAAAUAAUGGACCAACAGAAGAUGGAGCUAGUCUCUUGUGGAAACGAGUGGGACGUCAUCCGCAAGUGUAUCUGUUCUGCGUAUUUCCACCAAGCUGCUCGACUCAAGGGUAUAGGAGAGUACGUCAAUGUUCGUACGGGAAUGCCCUGCCACCUUCACCCCACCAGCUCGCUGUACGGUAUGGGAUACAACCCGGACUACAUCGUGUACCAUGAACUCAUCAUGACUGUCAAGGAGUAUAUGCAGUGCGUGACAGCUGUAGAUGGCCAUUGGUUGGCAGAACUGGGCCCCAUGUUUUACUCCAUUAAAGACUCAAGUAAGUCUCGUAAAGAGAGAAGGAUAAUUGCGGAAGAAGAAAUGAAUGCAAUGGAAGACGAAAUGAAGAGAGCUACUGAUCUCAUUAAGGCUCGAAAAGAAGAGCAGGAGAAGAAAGAGGCAGCAUAUGUAAAAAGAAGAGACAUAGCCACCCCGGGGAGAAUAGAGCCCAGCACUCCCAGAAGAACUCCUGCCAAGUUUGGAAUCUAAGCUACGGAGGGCUUACAGAACUAACUCCGUUAAAUGUGAAAGACAAUGGAUGAUGUUAUCUGAUGGAAGGUGUCCAUUAGAUUACUCUUAAAAGACAAUUUAUCACUAAAUCUUGAUCUGGAAUUCAUAAAAAUCAGGGCAAGACUGUCUUAAUGACGGUCAUUAUCAUCAUGAUGUCACAAAACAACAAUUAAAACUGAAAGCAUCGAGCUUUAUUACAACAUUUCAUACACACACUCAUUGUAUAACAGUUUCAUUUUAUCCUUUUAAUUUUAUGCAGAUGCAAUGUGAAUAAAAUCUUGUUAAUAAAUAUCUAAUUACACAA